CCUUCUACUUUGCUUAGCAUAGUUUUCGUCUUCAAUCUUAACCCUUAAUUCCAAAACAAGAACCGGUGCCGGCGCCGCCAUUUCCAAGCUACCUCCCGGACCCAGACCUUUGCCGGUGAUCGGAAACCUUCUGGAUCUCGGCGACAAGCCCCACAGGUCUCUGGCCAAUCUGGCCAAAUCUCAUGGCCCUAUUAUGACCUUGAAACUCGGCCGAGUCACCACCGUCGUAGUCUCCUCCGCCGCCAUGGCCAAGGAAGUUCUCCAAACCCACGACCAGUUUCUGUCCUGCAGAACAGUUCCCGACUCCAUUACCACUUACAACCACGAAGUUCUGGGUCUCCCAUGGCUUCCGGUUUCGCCCCUCUGGCGAAAACUCCGACGAAUUUGCAAUACCCAGCUGUUCGCCGGAAGGAUUUUGGACGCUAACCAGAAUCUCCGGCGAGCCAAGGUGGCCGACCUCGUUUCACAAGUUUCCAGAAGUGCUUCCAAAGGUGAGAUGGUGGAUUUUGGGAAGGUAGCAUUCUUGACGUCGUUGAAUCUGCUUUCGAACACGAUCUUCUCGGCAGAUUUUGUGGACCCAAAUUCUGAAAUUGGGAAAGAGUUCAAGCAAGCAGUAAGAGGGAUUAUGGAAGAAGCUGCAAGGCCAAAUUUGGGGGAUUAUUUUCCUCUACUGAAGAAGCUAGAUCUUCAAGGCAUAAAGAGGAGACAAACUGUUAAUUUCGAUAAGGUUUUUAAUGUGUUGGAGCAGAUGAUGGACCAGCGGCUACAGCUGCAGCAGCAAACCCCCACUUCUGCGCCCAACAACGACUUGUUGCAUAAUCUUCUCAAUCUCACCCACCAAAAUAGCGACAUGGAAAUCAGCAAAAUUGAAGUCCAACACUUAAUAUUGGUGCUGUUCGUUGCUGGGACUGAUACAAGUUCUGCAACACUGCAAUGGGCAAUGGCAGAGCUCCUAAGAAACCCAGAAAAGUUAUCCAAAGCUCAAGAAGAAAGCAGGCGGGUGAUUGGAAGAGGGAACCCAAUUGAAGAAUCAGACAUUUCAAGGCUGCCUUAUCUACAAGCAAUCGUGAAGGAAACUUUCAGAUUGCACGCACCAGCUCCUUUUCAACUGCCCCGUAAAGCGCUACAAGACGUAGAGAUUGGAGGUUUCAAAGUCCCAAAGGACGCACAGGUGCUGGUGAAUGCAUGGGCUGUUGGCAGAAAUUGGGAAAAUCCAGAGUCGUUCGAGCCAGAGAGGUUUUUGGAGUCGGAAAUGGAAGUUAGAGGCAGAGAUUUUGAGCUGAUUCCGUUCGGUGGUGGGCGUAGGAUUUGUCCUGGUUUGCCAUUGGCGAUGAGAAUGAUGCAUUUGAUGUUGGGUUCGCUGGUUCACUUCUUUGAUUGGAAGCUUGAAGAUGAAGAUGUGAACAUGGACGAGAAGUUUGGCCUCACUGUGGAGAUGGCUUUUCCCUUGAGAGCCUUGCCUGUCCUUGUCUAAUUUACAACUAAAACUUUGCAUUUUUAUUGCCUGUUCCUAUCUUUGCUUUUUUUUUUCUCCUUCCGGUAUCAAUCUCUCUUUAUACAGGUUUAUUGUUUCCUCAAGUUGCAAACAUUUCUUCUCUUUAUAUUUUUUGAUCAAUCCAACUUAUCUGUAUCAAAGCCAAC